ACACCGGACGUCAGCUGCUUUUGAAUAACUGAAACUUCUAGAUAUAUUUCCAGAGACAAACCGGGUUUUUCUCAGCGGCGCGUUCACCUGGAAGCUCGUAGAAGCGGCUCAUGUUUUAUGGAAGCUGGUAUUGUUUUAAUAAUGCGAUGAAAUGCUUUUCUGGGUCAGUCAGCAGCUGGUCGCGGUCAUCUCAGCCCGUUUCAGUUGACUGUCCUCACGGAGAAAACAGCGCCUCUCCGGGCAGCAGCGGCUGGUGUUACGGUUUAUCUGGCGACCCUAUUAACUGGCGACCUUCUGCCGAACGUGUUUAAUACGUAGCUGUCACCGGAUCAGGCUGAGGUCUCGGUCUCUCCUCGGCCUUAGAGAAUAUAACACACCAUGAUCACGACAGAGGCUGCGAGAGACUUCCAGGCCAAAGAGCGCAAGUACAAAGAGCAGCUGAAGAGAUGUCUGUCAUCUGCUUUAUCUGCAGACCUAAGCGGGUUGCUGCAGGAGGAGCUGGAGGCUGAUGUUUCUCUGUAUGCCAGCUCAGGCUCGCUCCGGGCUCACAGGGCUGUACUGUUGGCCAGAGCCCCUCAUGUUCUCCAGGGACAGACGCACAAAGAGCCCACCAUCAUUCAUCUGCCUGACUAUGAGCUGCCUGGACUAAAAGAUUUCCUUAGACAAGUGUACACAGCAGACCAGAGCAUGCGCUCAGCUGAAAUAAUCCCAGACACGGAGGGCUCGCUGCCAGUUCCCGACCCGGCAGACCUUCAUAGUUCCACUGAUUCAGACGCUGUUCUUGAGCCAGCCUCUGGCCUCGGAGCUGACCUGCUGGAUCUGUACCAGAGGGGACAGCAGUGUGACAUCACCAUCCAAGUGGCAGAGCAGGUCUUCUCCUGCCACAGGGCAAUCCUGUGUGCGCGGUCUCAGUACUUCCGUGCCAUGCUGAGCGGGAGCUGGAUGGAGAGCUCCAGACAGUGCAUCACUCUGCAAGGCUUAGGUCCAGAUGAGAUGGAGAUCCUGCUCCAGUUCAUGUAUGGGGCCAUUGUUGAUCUGCCACCUGGAGCCAGUGCCAGUCAGGUGGUGUUGGCGGCAGACAUGUUGGGUUUGGAGGGGCUGAAAGACGUGGUGGAGAUGGUUUUGACCAGAGACUACUGCCGCUUCUUCCCCAAGACGGUUGACGGCGUUCAGAGAACAGUUCUUGAGUGUCUGUCCCUCACACAUGCCUUAGGCCUUCAAAGCCUCCACAUGCUGUGCAAGAGAUGGGUUGCUGAUCAUUUUGUAAAGACUUGGUGUGAGAGAAACUUUUCCCUCUUGUCCCCUGAGCUCCACAGAGCCUGUCUAACGGCUGUAACUGACACCAUGACUGUACAGAAUGCAGUGACCAUGCUCUGUGGCACUGAGCAGUUGCUUGGCAGUCUCCCAGAAGUCAAGUGGGCCCAACAGGUGAGGAGUCUUGCCACAGAGCUACAGGAGGAGAGCCUCAGCGUCAUUGUUCAGCACCUCCCCAAAGUCAUCCGCACUCAGGCCUUCCAAGACCUCUGCAGGAGGGAAGAGUUUACCCGAGAGCCCACAUUGUGGAAAAAGCUGUGUUCUGCCAUCAGAGAGGGCGUGACUGUGGACAACUGCUGUGAUCUUUUUGCUGCUGUGUACUGUCUGUGUGGAGACGACAUGGAAGAGGACUCUCUCCUGGAACAGGGAGGGCAAACGCAAGUAGUGCCAUUCAGGCGAGAGAUUUGUACGCUGUGCGGUCGGCUGUGGACCUUCCUGCUUCAGACCUUUUACGCGGUCCGCCACACGCAGGGAUGGGAGACCCUGUCUUACAAGCACAGAGAAAGGAUACUGGCAGAAGCUAUUGAUAAAGGGGACAAUCGAAGACUUGCUAAAAAGCCUGUAUUCACUAGCUCACAGCCAAGGGCCGUAAGAUGCCCUCCAUCUGCUCCUGAGAGUCCUGUGCACAGGACCCAGAGAGUGUCCGAAAACACGACUUCUUCUUCCCGUAGUGCUGCAUCAGCCAUGAAGUCUGAUGGACUAGGGACAGCUAACAAACCAGGAGAUGGUCAGGCAUCAAAGGCAAAGAAUGUGAAGAAACCAGGAGACCGAAGUGUAGCAGCAAAAGCAAAAGCAGCAUCAGGCAGCACACCAGUUGUCAAUGGUACAGGAGCUACAGGGACCAGACGGGAUGUAGCCAGUGCCAAUGGCCCCAGAAGUUCUCACGGGGCUAAAGAGCAAGAAAAGAAGCCAAACCCAGGUGCAAGGCCUAAAACCUCUCCCCCGAGCUGCACGUCCACAAGCCAAACAGCGGUAAUGAAAGCUCAGAAGAGUUCAGCGGCAAAGGCUGACAGCACUGCUGGCACCACCCAAGCUCAGCCCAGUGCUUCAUCAGGCAGUGCCUCGCCAGAGAACGGUGCCAGCAGCCCUCGCAACGACGCCCACUCCAUCCCAGGUGCAAAGGCCAAACACCAGGCUAAGACAAUGAACAAGUCUCCACUGACAAAACCUCCUCAGAAGUCCGAUACAGCAAAGACCUGCAGUCCUUCCAAUAAGUCAAGUGUGAGAGAAAGUGUCAAAGCCAAGACUGAGAAAACGUCUACUGGAGGGACAGCAGCAAGGGCAGACACCAAGGGAAGAGGCACACCAGACCACCAUGUCUCCAAGCAUGGCUCGUCCAUGAAAAAGCCAGCUUCCCCCAGGAAAGAAGACAGUAAAGAUGGGUUAAAAUCCUCAGCACCAGACAAAGCAGCCAGUGAAGCUCCUAAAAAGAAGACCACAAAACCCGUUCCAGCGACUGGCGCCUCAGCUAAAUCCAGUGCUAAACCAGCAAAAACCUCUUUGGCCCCCUCCAAGCAAUCUUCUGUAGUAGCUGCCAAGUCUGCCCCAAAGCUGAAAAGUACUACUGAGUUAUCUGUGGAUAAAGGUUCUCCAAAGUCUGGAGGCACUUCCAAAAGCUCAGUUUCUGCUGCCUCUAAGAGGUCAGGGACCAAAGGAAAAGAGGCAGUGAAUGGUAAAAAUUUAGACUGUAACACGGAGCUUGCUCCAAUCGAAAACACUGGUGAUGUUGCAGUGUAUAAAGAUAGUACAGAGGUGGCUGUAUCUGUCCAGCCUGCAAUGCACACAGCCAACAGCCAUUGUGGAGGGGAUCCACUCAGCCUUCAAGUGGAAUCAAGCCCUAAGCAGAGUCUCCAGAAGACUGGAAAACAGUCAGAAAACACUAACAAUGCAGGUGAUGGGACCAGUGUUACACCAGCAGCUAACAACACCCCCUAUAUUAAAUCUGCUCAUGCAGCCACUUGUAAACAAUCUUCAAGUUGUGUCAUCCCUGCUCACAUCGGCGGAGGGCAAAUUCAUGAGGUCAGCUCCCUGAAUUCUCCAAGAGACACUGAACGUCCUAUAGACACCCCCUGCAGCAUGGGAAGCACCGACACUCCCUUAGAGGACACCUGGAGCGGCAUCCACCAUCAGGUCAGCCCUGAGUCUGAGACUGGCAGCACGCACACCACUUCCUCUGACGACAUCAAGCCCCGCUCAGAGGACUACGAUGCAGGAGGCUCACAAGAUGAUGACUGCUCCAAUGACAGAGGGGUUUCUAAGUGUGGCACCAUGCGCUGCCAUGACUUCUUGGGUCGUAGCAGUAGUGACACAAGCACCCCAGAGGAGCUAAAGAUGUAUGAAGGUGGGGCAGGAUUGAGGGUGGAGGUACGGCUGCGUGGUCGAGAAGCAGAGACCACUAGUGAGGAGGAGGGAGUAAGGCAGCGUCCUCGUUCCUGGUUGCAAAGAGAUGAGGUUCCCGUCGAGGAGGAGCACUCAGAGGUCGAAGCCACUGUGACUGUCAAGAGUGUGCCCGACCACCAGCUCUUUUCCUCAGAGGACGAAGAGGAAGAUGAAGAGGCAACGGAGGAUGAGCGGUCUGAAGUUGAGGUGAUUCCAGGUCAUGGUCCGCCGCCACCAACUGAGGCCUCGCCACAUUAUCAGGGGAUUAUCAACCUAGCUUUCGACGAUGACGGUGUAGAUCAGGAGAAUGACCAACCCGACUACCAGUCAACUUCUAACUUCCGUAGGUCGGUGUUGCUUUCAGUCGAUGAGUGUGAGGAGCUGGGCUCAGAGGAAGGGGGCGUCCAAACUCCACCUCAGCAUCCUGAUGACGCUGCAACUCCCUGUGAUGUUUUCGAGUCAGACUCCACAAUUACCAGUGACCAACAGAACCACCUGCCAUGCCAUCUUGAAAAUGCAGGUAUGAAGCACAAAAAACACGACCAGGACCAAGAAGAAAAAUCCUCUGUAUUCCUCACAGAGAUCCAGGAGCCCAUGCAGGAGGAGAGCAAUCACAUCCAGGUUGAUGGAGUGAAGUACAGCAGUCCCCUCCUGGAUGCUGACACUAGAGAUAUCACUCCUCAGGAGCGCCCAUGCCAUCUGGACCUGCGGCACACUGAACAAUACAACGGAGGGCUGCGCAAAAAUCACACCCAUCCCUCAGAAAGCAAGAAAGCUGAUUUACAUCUAGACUUAAAUGAGCCUCAGCUGACAGGGGACUCUCCUGUACAUGCUGCACAAUCUCCAGCAGGGGACAAUGGUUGUGACAGACUGGAUCAAACCUGCAAACAUGACCGCCGACCAUCCAAAGCCCUCUCUCCCAUUUAUGAGCUGGAUGUGGGAGAAGCCUUUGAGCACUGCUUGGACAAGGACAGAAAUGUUAAACUGAAGGCAGGCGAAGAAAAGCAAAGAGAAGAUGAUGACAAAAGCAGUGAGUUUGCAGAGCAGGACUGGAGCCUGCUCAGGCAGCUCCUUACAGACCACGAGUCCAGUCUGGGCAUCAUAAACCCUGUGCCUGAGGAGCUCAACCUGGCCCAGUACCUUAUCAAGCAGACACUGUCACUGUCACGUGACUGCCUGGACUCACAUGCCUUCCUGUCCCCAGAGAAGGAGACCUUCAAACGCUGGGCGGAGCUCAUCUCGCCCAUGGAGGACUCCUCCACCAGCAUCACAGUGACCAGCUUCUCCCCAGAAGACGCUGCAUCUCCACAAGGGGAGUGGACCAUCGUGGAACUGGAAACACAUCACUGACUGCACAGAGGAGAGCCUGCUGGACAGUUGAUGCCUUCUCUAUGAACAUCUUUCCAUUCAGUUUUCUUAAUUUAUUAUAAUUUAUAAAAUGAUUCUGCCUCAAUCUUUUUUCUUUUCCUGGACCCUGCAGAACUCUCUGGACUUUGCAGCAGCUUUUUUGCAUUCCUCAUGAUGCCCUCUGGACUGUUUCUUGAACAAAUGGGCUGUUAUGCAUGCUGAUAUUUUUGUAUGUUUGACUGUUAAAUUGAUGUUGCUUCAAAGCCCUAGAAAAGAAUAGAGUAAAAAAAAAAUUUAUUUCUUUCUCAUGACAGUCUUCUGAUAAUAUGUCGACUUAAGUUUCUUAAAGAAAAAUAAUAUUGGCCUACUGGCUUGCAUUUAAUGUCAUAUUGAAAAUAAAGAUUUGUGUUUCUGGAAAAAAAAAAUUAAGUGUUU